AUGAGUGACGGGGGGGAUUGUGAAGGGGAUCGUGAUGUCCGCAAUUUUUUGGAGUUUAAGUGGAUGGAGCAGUACCCAGGAACGCAUCGCGCUUUUUGCGUACGAGAGUAUUAUCGCAACGGUGAUUCAAUAGUAGCUUCUCAAGUCUCAACGUUUAUAUCAGUACCUCACUUGAUCAAGAUCAGCUCACAAUUUGUUUUCUUGAGUCAAUCAUGUAUGCAAAUUUGUGAUUUAGCAAUUUCAAGUUGGACUGUUCUGAAAAUAAAUGAUUUGGCUCCAAUUGUAAAGAGAGUUAGGCCAACAACAGGAAAAAGUUUGACUUCAGUUCAUCUCACCAAAAAAGUACUUGAUCUUUACUUUGGCGAUGUUAAGGCCUAUCCAACUGUAUAUGUUACAAAGUUGACACAGGACACUAAAGAAGCCCUAGUUAUCACUUUAAAAUCAAUAGGCAGCCCAAAAACAACUGAAACCACUUCAGAAAUUGAAAAAGAGCUGUGCUAUAUAUUCAAACGUACCAUCUUGACUAAUGGGAAUAAAAUAAGCAUAGUUCAUUUUGGAAGAUUUUGGAAAUCCAGGAACAGAGAAUCUUUAAAGAAAAUGUUCGAAGCAUUGUCGAAUGCUCCAACCAUAAUGGUUUUUGAUAACUUGGAUCAAAUCUGUUCUAAAUGCUCUAAAUCAACUGUCGAGCAAAAAUUGUUUCUUCUAGAAGACUUGUUGACUCAUUUGGAUAAAUUGAACAAUAACAGGGGUGUGAAGGUAUUCGUAAUUGGCAUUACAAAUAAUAUCAGCAAUGUCGCUCCGGAAUUGAGAAAACCAGGAACUUUUGAUCACGAAAUCAAUAUACCAGUGCCUGAACCAGCUGCAAGGAAAGAACUUUUUGAGGAAAUAUCAGAAAUAUAUGAACAUGACAUCACCGAAGAUGAAUUGUUUGAAAUAUCUAAAGCUACCCGAGGAUUUGUUGGAGAAGACUUGGUGAAACUUUGUUUAACAGCAAAAUUUCUAUGAUUUCCGCGGUCAGCUGUCAGUGAAGACGGCGUGGGUUCACGAUGUUUUAAAGGGCGCCAACGUGUUUGAUACAGUGAAUCUCCAGAAAGAAAAUAUGAGCAGAUGGCUUCGGCUAAAUACGUUAAAACCGAAUGUAUGUUUGGUGACAAGAGAAAUAUAAAAAAAAUAAUAAUGAAAUGAAUCAAGGAAAAAAAAAUAUCAAUCUUCCAGUUCCCUUAGA